AUGACGUCUCCCACAGGAAAUUCUAGUAUUUCCUUUCCAAGCCAAGCGGACCUCUUCUAUUAUUGCACCACAUCAUCGACCUCGCAAGAAAACCUCGAUAUUCACUAUGCACCACCGUCAAGAUCCUCACUGAAAAUCGGUGUCGUCAUUCUCGGUCAAGUCCAAUUGCUCGACUUGGCCGCUCUCGACCUUCUCGCCAUGAUUAGCAAAAGUCGGAUCAGCAAAUGCAACCCCACGGCCGCAGCACUGGACCAAGCCGUGGACGAAAUCGACAUUCGAUACGUUAGCAUGACGGGAGAAGGCAGUUUCCCCGUCACAGCUGGCUCGCGAAUGCCGGUGACGAACUCCUUCACCAACGCCCCCCAAUUCGACAUCCUCCUCAUCCCGGGAACCUCAAUCCUAACCAACCUCCCUCCCCCGGCCUCUUCCUUCCUCACCUCCCAAUGCCUCAACACAAACCUCCUCGCCAUCAUGACCAUCUCCUCAGGCAUCGCCCACCUAGUCCAAGCAGGGAGUCUCCACGGCACCCGCGUUGCAGCGCCGCGCUCCCUGCUACCUUGCUUGCAACACCGCUUUCCGGAGACGGAAUGGCAGUAUGCGCCUUGGGCGCGGCACGGUAAGGUUUGGAGCUGCAACUCGCCUGUUUCCGGCCUGGAUAUGGUGGUGGAGUGGAUGCGGGAGUAUUUUUGGGAUCGCCAGGAGGCUCUGGCUUGUGUGGUUGGGGUUGCCGGUGUAGGCAGUUUGUACGAGUAUAGUCAUUGUGAUUAUUGA